AAUGUUCAAUAUUACGAGAUUAGAAAUCUCCUCCAGCGCUCUUGUUCAGACAUUGUAACGAGAUCGGCAUCAUGUCCUCCUUAUCCUCACUCAACUCACGGCGUGAAAAACCCGUUAUCCUAAAAGACUCUUAUUUUCUUCAAUGAUUAUUUUACAUUCACAGCACCUCCAAGAAAUCUCAAGUCACGACACUAGCCUGCGUGAAUACAGCCAUCCCUGGAUCCUCGCUCCUCGCCGCCUGGGACGUUCCCAGGGAGCGGACAAGUCUAUGAUACCUGUGAGGAAGUUAGCCUGAUGAGAGAGGGCUGUAUUCCAGCGCAGACUGGUCAUGCACUUUGUUUACGUCCAAAGCCUACAAAUAAUUUGUACUGAUUCAGGUUUGGAUGGAAUUAAGCCAAAAUAUUGUAAACUUUAACUAAAAUUACGAGGCCUUCAAUUAAAUUCAAGGCCAUUCAGCUCACAUGUAGAGCGCAGGAUACAAAAAAACUCUGUCCGCGAUCAUGAAAGUUGUACUUAUUUAAACCUAUACAAAGUCGGCGGGUCUACUUUUUCCAUGUUAAGACACUGAAUGCAGUUUUAUAUAAACCUCUAGUUUUUUACAAUCAUCUAUCACGAAACCCCUUCAUAAUAAAUGACAGUUCUUUUCCCCCAGUUAUAAUGUGAUGCAUGGAUCAAGACCCCGAUAUAACCUACCCCUAUAUCACAAGUCCCCUGGCAAUGAAUAGCAGGUGUGGAUUACCCUCCAGACGUAUACGCAAACACCGUACCAUUGCACCGCAAUAAUUCUGACUACCAAAAUAACAACAACACAACUGACAAUAAUAACAACAAACUGCAUGUUUUCAUUUCAUCCAUAGUAAUCAUUUACUCCUCUUACCAAAUCUAUGUGCAACGAAAACGCUACGUGGCUCUAUCAGACAGAGUAUUAAACUCAGCUACAAUCCUGAAUUUCGUUCACGUGUUGAAAUAUAUGAAAGGUUGGGCAAAUUUGUCGGUAAAAAGUCCCAAAAGGCGGAUGCGUUUUGUGGCAGUGAAAAAGUUGAGAAGCGUUCUGGUUUUGCUAUUUAUUCAUAUUUUAGGACAGUGCAUUAACAGCAGUUAAAAACGAUCCAAAGUUCUAAACUAAGUAUGUGAAAGGGGUACCAUCUGUGAAUAGACAGUAUAGGAAAGGGGUAUCUCUUCAGUCAAAAAUGGUAAAUAAAAGCAGGUAAGGGGGUGGACCCUGGAGCGGAGCCUCCCCGUAGAAAACUUUGUUGAGUACCCCCACCCCCUCACCCGGGGUCCUCAAUCCGGCUCCUGGAAAGAGAAAAACAAAUUGGGGACCAACAGCAGGCACGAUUAUCACUUGCAAUACCCUUCCGGUUCCGUUCUAUAUGGUUAACCGCAGACAAAGAUUACAGCCCUCUUAAAGAGCCAUUGUCAUUUUGUUUUGACAAAAUUAUAAUUCUUCAAGUUGAUCGCUUGCCUAAAAACACUGCCGUGAACCCUCUGGUGACCUUUCUACUUGACUGUAGCACGUGAUCAACCUUGCCAUUUCUCGACACCAGGACGAGGUUGGGCGCGUCAUCUCUAUCGCGAGAAGCUUGGAGAUACCCCCAAAAGGAGAACUUCGGCAGAUU